CUCUCUCACGCACACACUCGGUUCAGAACACGCGCGUCUUCAGGAUGGUGUAUGUUUAUUCUCUGUGUGUUUGUGUGUUGAUGUUGUCGGUUGUGUGUCGGUCCAGAGCUGAUGAAGAUGACGGUCCGGUUUCAACCCCCGCGCGCUCCGUAUGUAAACCGGUGCCCAACACGAUGCACUUGUGCUCCGGUAUCGGUUACCGGGAGAUGCGGCUGCCGAACCUGCUGGGUCACGAGAGCCCGAGAGAAGCGCAACAACAGUCCGCCGCGUGGACGCCGCUGCUCGGGAAACACUGUCACCCGGACGCGCGCAGGUUUCUGUGCGCGCUCUUCGCGCCCGUGUGUUUACCGGAGCUCGCGGCACCGGUGCGCCCGUGUCGGAGUCUGUGCGAGGCCGUGCGCGACGCGUGUCUGCCCGUCAUGAGCGCGUUCGGCUUCCCGUGGCCGGAGAUGUUCAACUGCAGCCGCUUUCCUGAUGGAUCAGACCUGUGUGUCCCGGGAGAGAGAGACCCGGUCCGAGCCGUGACCACCGACACACCCAAAGGUUCUGUCGUGUGUGAGGUGUGCAGUCAGGAGGCAGAGACGGAGAUCCAGCAGAACUUCUGUUCCUCUCAGUUUGCGUUCAGACUGCGGAUCGGUUCUUUCUCUCCGGACGGGUCAGAUGUGCGUGUGGUGCCUCAGGGUCGGAGUCGCGUGCUGCGCUGGGAGACGGGACCGCAGGAGCAACAGGCAGCAAUGGAACAGAGCGCCCUCUGGCUGCUGGAGGGCAGAAGCUGCUCGUGUCGGGCGCUGGAGGGACGGCUCACGGGCUCCUACAUCGCCCUGGGUGACAUGCAGAACGGCCGCAUGCUCCUCAAACGACUCGUCAGAUGGUCUCGUGAGGAGAAAGAGUUGAAGAAGUUCAUCAGGACGCUGCUGAGACAGGCCUGCUGAGGUCAUGACCCCUGGACAGAGAAACGGACCAAUCGGAGCAAACCAAACCAGCUCAUCUUUGUAAUAUUCAAACAAACAAGUCCGAAAACUCGAACAAUAGUGAAGAACUGAACUGUAUCUUAAAUUAUUCGAUACGUUUUUUUCUAUAGAAAUGUAAAUCUUUAUAAAUGCAGUUUUGCAAGGAGAAUGCUUUGAAAAUACAGUUUUAUUUGUAAUAAAGAAUACUGAGACUUUUGUUACACAUUUUGUGGACUUUAUUUCUUUUUUUAGUUGCCGUUUAGUUUUGCAUUUUGAAAAACCUUUACGUAUUAAACUUCAAAGAGAAACCCGCGUCAUAUCACAGCGGUUUAGUGUGGAACACCCUAGCAACCUCAUAUCGAUACCAUAGCAACCAGCGUAACACUGAUAGGUUGGCAGUGAGUUUGUUCACGGACGAUCACCCCUCACAUGAAACUUGAGAGUUCUCAUUGUAGUUUCUCCUGUGAUGUGAAGUGUUGAUGGUCAUGUGACGAUCCAGGUGAGACGUCCUGUAAGAGGAGGCCACAUGCUCUCGAUCAAUUAUUCAAACGCCAGAAGCUGAUUGGCUGUUACGUGAGUGCGUCUCUCUCUCACACACACACACACACACACACACGUUUCUCAUGUGUGUUUCCAGCGGCCGUCCUCACGGUCAUCUUCUGUGUUCCAGAGUGAAGAGCGUUUGAGAUCUGGUAAGAGGAUUUAUUUCAUCAUCCGUGUGUUAUUCACGUAGAUCUUGUAAAUGUUGAAGUGAUGUCUGUGUUUCAGAGGUGUUGGAAUGAAACUGAUCUGAGAACAGCUGGUGUAAUGUCUCUCGGGUUACUUCUGCUCACAGAAGACUCUGGAAACUACACAUCGUCUGUCACAUCACGGGACGAUUAAAGAGAAUGUGUUCCUCGUGUAGUUUUCUCACAUGCUGACAUGUUAUUCUUAAUCAGUGUUGGGUGAGUUACUCUGAUAAAGUAAUUGACUAGUUACUAAUUUCAAUAGUGUAAUUAGAUUACUGUACAAAUGACUCUCUCCAAAAAGUAUUUAAUUACUUAUUACUAAUUAUUUUCUAUAUCCUACAACCACCUUGAUUAGAAUUGAUUCAAGGAUAGACAUGAAACGGUUCUUUAAAUUCUUUCAAAUAAAUAAUAUUAAACUACAUAAAGUACUCUUAUUUACUGACCAAAGUAUACAGAUGUGAGGAGGACACAUUAAAGCACGCAUUUUAAAGUUAGACUUAUAAUUUUGAUGUCAUUUCCACUAUUGAAUAUAUUACAGUAUUUAGUUCAAUUACAUCAGAAGUAACUGUAAUUAAAUUACAUAAAAAACCAGAGUAAUCCCUUACUUGACGUUAUCAAGAGGAAAGUAAUUAAAUUACAGUAACUAAUUACUUAGUAACUAGUUACACCCAACACUGCUUUUGAUUCAGCGUGAUGUGAUGUCACUUGAGUGUGGUUUUUGUUCACUAGUCAGUGGGUGAAAGGUCUGGUUUUCUAGAAAAAGGGUUUAUGAUGAUGUCAGAUGAACUGUGUGUGUUUGUAGGUCUGAAGUGAAGAUGGCUUCUCCGGCGAUAGCGUUGGCUUUUCUUCCUCUCUUACUGACGCUGAUCAUCCGCUAUCGCUAUUACUUUGUGUUGCUGUAUCGGGCCGUUCUGAUCCGCUGGGUGAGAGACUGUUUAUCGGGCAUCAGUCGAGAGGAACGGGCCUAUCAGUACAUUCUGACCCACGCCACGCCCGGUGACCCCCAGAGCAUCCUGGACACCUUUGACCAGUGGUGCAGUAAAGUUGAGUUUAUAAGUAACAUCGGCCCAAAGAAAGGUACGUACACAUACACACAAUAAACACACAGUGUACACACACACACAAUAAACACACAGUGUACACACACACACAAUAAACACACAGUGUACACACACACACA